ACAAAUCACUCAAUUUGAACAUGUCAGACAACCAACCAGCACGCAUCAGACAGGGUAGGGAGACCCAGACUGCGUCGGCUAGAGAGGGAAUGGGUGGCGCUAAGGGAAGAAAGGGUUCUUCAACCUCGUGCUCUCGCGGAGUGAAGGAGGUGAAGGAGAAGAAGAAGGUUUUGACUGGUUCUGCUUCUCGUCCCCUGGGGGUCCAUGGCUCGGACGUGCAGGCUCAGUCUUCAGGCGUGAGAGUCAUGAUCAACGCUGAUGGUUCUGAGACUGAGUGCGAUGAGGAUUGGUAUAAUUAUCUUCAUUCGGAGGAGUUCGCUCGUCGGGCAGAAUAACGUGUUUUUGUUUUGUUUGAUGUGUAUUUUGUAACGCUCGUCGGGCAGAAUAACGUGUUUUUGUUUUGUUUGACGUGUUUUGUUUUGUUUUGUUUUGAUUUCGGAUUGUAUCUUUCGCACAGUGUUUUUGGAUUGGAUUUAUCAUCUUAGUAUUUUCAGUUUA